AAUAUAGUAUUAGACCUGAGAUUGGGAAUACAGUAAAAGGCAGGGCGAGGCAAACUCGCUUCCAUCCUGAAAAAAAAAUACUGCAAGGUGAUUACACGUCGAGAUUUUAGUUUACAUUAUUUAAAGAUCAAUGACAUACACAAAAGGUUAGCAAUUAAGAUAUGUUUAUCUCUAGGGAACGAGUCGGCAUUGCAUUUGUUUUUCUAACAUAAGAUAAAGCAGUCAUUAGUCGGUAGAGCACAGGGGCGAGGCAUUCCGUUCACAGUAGUCUGAAUAUCUUUGCUUAGCUUCCGUACCAGGGAGGCAGAUAAUACAAUGUCUGCAUAAUGACCAGAAGCGUCUGUGUCAGCCUCUGGUCUCCCAGUUUUCGUAGUGAACCAGGUCUCUGCCAGUUAGACAGGGUAGUUGGUUAAUUAGUGCGCAGACGCGCUGGAGGCUCCCUGGACUGUUAGACUCGGACUGAGUGGUUGCAGCCAGUGAAAUUGCUCCGGGGCGAUCCGCCGCACAGAGCAGCCCGGGCUCCGUGCAGCUCCUUGAUUCUCUCUCACAGUUUGUCAGUACAUUCAGCAACAGACGGCUCCUCCACAAAUGAGCGGCUCCUUCUCUGAAAGAUGGCAAACGGGUUCAUUAAGCCUUUAGCCACGCUGUACAGAGAAAGACUACUUGCAAUUGUAUAUUCCGGGGCGUUUUAUUUGCAAACCUUGCUUUGGAUUAUUUGUUUCGUUUGUGGUGAGGAACAAUCCUUCAGCGUGGAGAUAUGGUUACAGAAGUAUGGCUAUCUUCAAGCUAGUGGACCCAGAAUGUCAGUGUUGCGUUCCUCACAGUCCAUGCACUCAGCUGUAGCUGCUAUGCAGCAAUUCUAUGGAAUUAAAGUUACGGGGACUUUGGAUGAAAACACAAUAGAUUGGAUGAAGAAGCCCCGAUGUGGUGUACCUGACCAGUUUGGCAGCAGCAUUAGAUUUAAUAUUAGAAGAAAGCGAUAUGCAUUAACAGGACAGAAGUGGCAUCAUAAAUAUAUCACUUACAGCAUUAAGAACUUCACCCCAAAAGUGGGAAAGGUUGAAACACAUGGAGCGAUACGCCAUGCCUUUGAUGUAUGGCAGAAUGUAACUCCCCUGACAUUUGAAGAAAUACCAUAUGAAGAGUUGGGAAACAAGAAGAGAGAUGUGGACAUUACAAUUAUUUUUGCUUCUGGUUUCCAUGGAGAUAGUUCACCGUUUGAUGGAGAAGGUGGCUUUCUUGCACAUGCUUAUUUCCCAGGUCCUGGUAUUGGGGGCGACACUCACUUUGACUCCGAUGAACCUUGGACAUUAGGAAAUCCAAACCAUGACGGAAAUGACUUAUUUCUGGUUGCAGUUCAUGAGCUUGGCCAUGCCCUUGGCCUGGAACACUCCAAUGAUCCCAGUGCAAUAAUGGCUCCAUUUUACCAGUAUAUGGAUACAGAACAAUUUCAACUGCCGCUAGACGACUUGCAGGGCAUACAGAAGAUAUAUGGCCCACCAGAAAAGAUUGCACAACCUACAAAACCUUUAACCACAGUGCCACCACAUCGCUCCAAUCCACCAUCAGAUCCUCGGAAACCUAACAGACAACCACGACCUCCUCGCCCACCUACCAGGGAUAAGCCUUCCCAUCCGGGUAUUAAGCCCAAUAUCUGUGAUGGAAAUUUCAAUACGUUAGCCAUUUUACGUGGUGAAAUGUUUGUUUUUAAGGACCAAUGGUUUUGGCGAGUUCGGAACAACAAAGUUUUGGAUGGUUAUCCCAUGCAAAUUGCCUAUUUCUGGAGAGGUUUGCCCUCUAAUAUUGAUGCAGUUUACGAACGGCCUGAUGGAAAAUUUGUGUUUUUCAAAGGUAGUAAGUAUUGGGUCUUCAAGGAAGCUACACUGGAAUUAGGUUAUCCUCAGAAUUUGGUGGAACUAGGAAGUGGAGUACCUUCUCAAGGCAUUGACACAGCAGUGUGGUGGGAAGAUGUUGGCAAAACCUACUUCUUCAAAGGAGACAGGUACUGGAGAUAUAAUGAAGAAACACAUGUGGUAGACAGUGGUUAUCCCAAAUCUAUCUCAAUAUGGAAAGGAAUUCCUGAAUCUCCACAAGGGGCCUUUGUAAGCAAAGAAAGUGGAUAUACAUUUUUUUACAAAGGAAAAGAAUACUGGAAAUUCAAUAACCAUGAACUCAGGGUGGAACCUAAUUACCCAAAAUCGAUACUUAAAGAAUUGAUGGGAUGUGAUCGAACUAAGACAGGAAACAAAGACAGGCAUGAUACCCAAGAGGAUGUUGACAUUGUGAUUAAAAUUGAUAAUACUUCUAGCACUGUGAAUGCCAUAGCCAUUGUUAUUCCUUGCACUCUGGCCUUGUGCUUUCUGGUAUUGAUUUACACAGUAGUUCAAUUUAAAAGAAAAGGAAUGCCACGCCACAUACUAUACUGCAAGCGAUCCAUGCAAGAAUGGGUGUGAUUGUAGCAAAAGGAAGCAACAUGAAAUUUCGACAAGUGGGCAAUAACGCUGGAACCCAGCAAUGAGCAGGCAAUGUCUCUGCCUGAGACAUAUGAAUCAUGGCUGAUUUUCCUCAGAGUCGUCUGUUCUGAGCUUGAGUGGAGAUUAUAAAAGAGAGAGGAGAAAGCUUUCAUAAUACACGGUAUCACCUGUAUUUCAGUCCUUUGUCUUUCUUUGGUGCAUCAUUCCGUAUAGGCCUUUUAUCUGCAAGCUUGAUGCCCUAGUGGAUUUUGACUCCAGGUUAAGCAAAUGGAAAACAAAGAACAUAUUUAUCAAGACUGGUACUGAUGAACGUACUUGUCAAGACCGGUACUGGAACGUAUUUUGAGGACACUUCUGGUGACUUGAUCUUUUCUGUAGGAAAGGAAUACCCUUGAAAUUUUGCAUUCAUUUUCCAAAGUGGAUCGCUGACUAUCUAAUGAAGAAAUAUUGCUGCAUUUGAUCCUUGUAUGUAGCAGGCUAGAAUUAAACAACACAGAAAAUCAAAUGGUUCAAGUAACAGGGGCCAAAAUAUCUGCAAUAUUGUUAACAGCCUUAAAUAUAUUUUUCAUUUUUGUUUUUUUUUAAAAGUUAUUUUGUGUAAAAUCAAUGUGUGGGAUUUUUCAAUUGCUGUUGUACACAUAGACAAAUUCAGAAGAGUUGAAGAGUUCUUAUAGAUUGGUUUUCAAGCUGCCACUCACAGGGGCUGUUCAAACUUCUACAAACCCACUAAGAGUGGUUCAGCAUAGAUUUUUAUUUUUUAUUUUUUCUAGCUUAGAUAUGUAGGAAUUGUGGAAUGAGAGAAAUGCAUUUGUUAUGAAAACUAACGUUGAAGUGACUUCUGAAAUUGCUAUGAGAAUGGCCUCAGCAUAUAUAAAUAUAUGUUACAUAAUGAUAUAGAUGAAUUUCUAAUUGGUUGAGAGAGAUAUGUAUUAAUGGACAACAUACAAUCAAAACUGAGUUCUCUUUCUCAGCUGAUUGUAUUUUAAUGCUCAUGUGAUAUUUUUAACUAGGGGUAUUAAAUAAGAUGCUUGUUGAUUGUUACAGAGAUCAGUCGUAUCUGGGCAUGUCUUAAUUGCCAAUGACCAAUAUUUAUUGCUAUUAUAUACAGACUGAGUUGAUGGUAGCAGUGCACAUCAGCGCUAUCAGCAUUCAGUAUUAAGUGUACUAAUAACAAUUUAUGAUGUCAUAGUGUUCCAAAGUUACGCUUGCAGUAACAGACAGGUAGAAAUUGUGGAAGUCCACAUUUGAAUAAGUUCUGUUUGAAGUUCUGUAUGUCUUAGCAGUGAGUUUUGGAUCAAUGCAAUGAUCUUCGUGCAUUAAAAUUUUUCACAUUUCAUUCUCCAUUCUCAUUGUAUGAACAAACUAUUUUUUAAAAAUCAGCAGUGGGUUAUUUAUUAGGCAAAAGGACAUCAGGCAUGGGCUGCUUUCAGCUUCAACCUUACCAUAACACAAUUAUUGUGUUUUCAUGUGGAAUACUUCUUCCAGCGUAUUCCAAAGCCCAGUGACUGAUGGAAGCUUUGGAUGGUUUUAAGAGCUGCUUCCCUUGGGAGCUAACUUGUCAAUGGGCCAUAGACUGAUGCAACAAAUAUUAUGUAAGUUACUGAUAUCAAAGCUUGUGUUUGUUUGGAAGUAAGUGUUUUUUUUAAAAAAUACAUUUUCAAUUUAAUACUGUUUCAAACUAUUGCAAUCUGAGAAUUUUGUAUGUCUUAAUUUAGAAAAUGUUCUACAUCUUAAAAUUGUUUUCCCUUUUUCCUGUGUCAAGUCUCUGACCUUUAGCUGCCAUUUAUUUAAAAAAAACACUUAACAGGAAUGAAAACUAAGCAGACAUAAUUGACUGGACUUAUUAUUUCUGUUAUUAGCCACAGUUAAAGAUAAUUGUGCUUUUCAUUAUGAUCUACAGUAUUGGAGUUACCAGACUGUAAUUUAUAGAUGUUUAAAGUCAUCUUCAAAGGGUACUGUUGUUUGAACAUUCUUUCCAUUGCAAUUAAUCUUACACUUUUUUUUUGCAGUAAUUCCAGCUGUCCAUUUUAUUUGGCUUUUGAAAACUGCUAGAACAAAUUACUUGCAGAAAAGCUUGAUAAGUGAUUCUAUUAUUGGCAGUAAUAGCUAGAUUUUCUGUUGAUAUUCAGGGAAAACCAUCCUCUUUUCCCCAAAAUUUGAGUUGUCACCAUUUAUUACUUUACUAGUUCAUUGCAUGGACCUAUUGAAUAUAAUAUACUGAACUGGGAUAAAAAUUACUUCCUUUAAUCUCUUCCAAUUAGUGGUUACUCUGAGGUGACUGGAAGUCAAGGAAGUAGAAUUUUACUCCAUAUAUGAACAUAGCUUGUCAUAGGUAAUGGAUUAUUUAUGUUUACAUUCUUCCUGCUAGAACUCUUUGACUGCUAUGGGUGGUCGUAAUUAAAUACACAUUAAGUGUUCAAAUCAACACAGCAGUUGCCUCACACAAAACCAUGGCAAUCAAAGAGUUAAGGGUUGUGCAGUAAAUGUUUUGUAUUUAUCAAUUCAUAUUUAUUUUCAGAUUGUUCUUAUUGUCAGCUUAAGUGUCUUUUCUUGGGAAGGCUUUUAUACUAUUAUAUAUCUUAUGUACGUAUUUGACAUCACCGUUUCAUUGUGUUGUAUUUUAAAAAAGGGAAAAAAAACUGUCAAUAAAUAAGA